AUGGAACGUUUCCCUUCAACGUGAUUCUGCCCCUUCCUCAGUUGACCUUCACUACCACUGGCGCCUGGAUGACCCCUCUUCGAGUUCUGACUUCUCUUUUGUCACGGAUGCUAUUAAAACCCAUAAGGAAGGGACCAUAAUUGCGUGGGUCCCACAUCUCCGCUUCGUUUCCUCCGUCAGAAGUCGCUGUGUAAUUAUGAGGGCCAAGUGGCAUCCUUAGGUGAUGAUAACUAGAGUGCUUCAAUCCAAAGGCCCAUGCUGGCGUUCCCGUGGAUCAUCGGACAUUGAACAACAGCCUGCCUCGCCGCCAGUUUCGAAGAUCAUUUAACACUCCCGAUUCCACUCACCCGGACGACCAAGCCAGAGCUUCUCAUCCGUCCCCUGAGAACCCCUGCAAACCAAACGGCAACCUCUAGUUCAUUGCAUCCCACGGUCCCGCGUCAGGCUGUGAGGCCCACACGCUGAACCAGCCAUCUCCCUUAUCCGUCCCCCGCGAAGACCGCACUAUAUAAGUAUCCCUCCCGCUCGCCUCCAUCGCACCCAUCACUUCACGUCAUCAGCCAGCUCUCUUUCCUCCUCAUCCCCAGGAGACGGGUCGUCACCUUCUCCUUCAGACACCGGUUGCUCCACCGAUCCGCCCCGCUCGUAACCCCACCGCAGGUCCACGUUCCACCAAUGGCGCAGCAGACCAUCGAGGCCCACCGCCCCGGCGCGGAGAUCUACACGGGCGACGACCUCUGCCGCCAGAAGGCCAUCGACCUCCUCGAGGAACUCAACCUCCCCAGGGGCCUCCUCCCCAUUGAGAACGUCGAGGAGAUCGGCAUCAACCGUCAGACCGGCUUCGUGUGGCUCCGCCAGAAGAAGGCCCUCAACUACACCUUCCGCAAGGCCGGCCGCCUCGUCUCCUACGGCGCCGAGGUCACGGGCUUCGUGGAGGACCGCCGCAUGCGGCGGGUGACGGGGGUGAAGUCCAGGGAGAUGCUCGUCUGGAUCCCGCUGGGAGAGUUCUUUGUGAACCCCAAGGACUCCACCAAGAUCACCUUCAGGACGCCCGCGGGACUCUCGAAGACCUACCCGGCCUCGGCCUUCGAGCUCGAGGAGCAGGGAAACCAGAGAUUAACUGCGUAGUACGUACCCGGAUUCGGUCGCUCUACAUCUUCAAAAUUGAAUCUGUACCCUGAAGCAACAAGAUGGAAUUUUCCAUCGCGUUAAAGCUCACAAUUCUUUUGAUUUUCACAAGAUCGCUGUGUUCCCAAUUGUUGAGAAUCUUGCCAAACGUUCGGGUGAAAAUGUCUCCCUAAUUUUUGAGGAUCUUUCCGCUGAUAAUCGCAGAAAUUUCUUAGGAAUAGAGAAAAUGGUGAGUGAACAAAUGGACGAAGACAACUAGAAAUGUCGGCUGGAGAUAUAACCAGAAUAUGAUGUCCUGUCACAUUGUGAAGGGGGAGAAUUAUCGUUUGACCCGCGUACGCAAACUAAGCCACCUAAAUGCUACGAGCUCGACACAAGCGACCAGACAUCAAGUCUCCUGAGCGAUUAUCGCUUUUGAAUACCGUGAAUCAAUGAUUUAUAUUUACAAUUGAAGUUCACAUCUCUGCCUUGACGACACCUACGCUAUACAACCACAACCAACCGACUUUAACCCAUUGUUGUCCGCCGAGCAUUGUUGCGUAAAGUGAAUGAACUCACUUUAUGUGCAGAAGACGGGCAUCCAACAAAUGUUGACCGUCCGAGAUAAAACACAAAAGAACAGAGUGCUAGAGCACUUGUAAUUUAAGUAUGGGGCAUCCCGUGAUUAAGCAUUGGCCGUGGGACAACCAUUCUCACGUUAGUAAUACUCAUAGGUUGGUUGGAAGCCUCUAGAUGCGUACUACCGAGGCCACUCGAGCCUCAUGAGAAAUCUUUGAUGUUCAGACCAACUUGAUUGUCUGCUGGCUCUCCCCACAACAGUGCGGUUUAACCCCCUUCCACCGUGGAUGAACCUAGGCAACUCAUUUUCUGUCACAUUAAAAUUAUAAACAAUUGGUUAUAAUCAAGAGAAUAACGAUUAAAUAAUAUACUCAUGCGCCACGCUGCAAAGUCUACGGCAAACUGGUAUUGCAAAUUGGUAUUCAACACUAAAAUAGAUUUCAAAAAUGAAAGUCAAAGGAAUCAGGAUUGAUAUUGCCGCUGAGCAUUUCCCUUAAAGAAAAGGUUGGAUAUACGGAAACAUGGACCAUAUUCGUAGAGUCAAGAAGAUAUUUAAAAAUAAGGGAGUGAUGGUGGGGGUGGAGGGAAUGAACUAAACGCUAAUUGGUAGUUGGCAGGGAGGUGGCCUAUUGGUGAUGAAUGCGGGUUCAAAUUCUUCACCAAGUUCAUUGUAUUUUGUGCUUUGAUUAUCCACUUGUGAGCUUAGGCCCCUACAUAAUGAAUAACGCUGUUCCAUGAGUCCGCCGCAUGUCAACGGGCUGGGCGCAUGUGACAGGUGGAACCAUAUGCACGAGAGACGAAGUUGGAAGGCACAUCAUCACGAUCUUGUCGCCGUCUCUCUCUCUCUUUUCACUCCGCACGGCAGUAGUGCUGGAGUCCACCAUGCAAGACUGCCAUUAGAAAGAAAAUUCACUUCCAUUACGAUACAAAAAUUUUAAAUUUCGGUGAGGCGUAAUCGAGAUCAAUAGGCCUGAACCAACGAGCAAUUUAAGGCAAAAGGCCUAACAUGGUCUGGUUCAAGCAUGAUGGUUGUCAUCGUCGAUGAGUACCUUAGGGCGGCAUCAGGACCAAAGAAGAAAAAUCUAAACAACCGCAAAAAUAUUACUUCCUCCGUUCUUACAGUGAAUACAUUAUAGAGAUAGCUUGCUCAAUAUAUUUCAAGACAUCCCUAGUGAGAAAACCCCUCAAUUCCUCUACGCCAUUCACUUAUCGUUUACGCAGAGCCAGUAUCAAAUGCACGACACACACUGGUAAAAGCCAUCUUUUCUCCUCUUCAGACCGAUGGAUCUUCUUCUAAUCAUGCAAGUCCAUAACGACUCGAAAUGAACGCUCCAUAUACCUAGACGAGUGAGUCGUAGCACAAGCGACGAAGGAUCAUCCCAACAAGGUUUUUUGAAUAGUCUGGCUGAUUAACACCCAUCAUUUACGUCUUUCCGGGCACACUCUGACAUCUUACGUUGAUGGCAUCCCGAGUUCAAGCUUCCGAAGUCGUCCUCAUUCAGUAUUCGAGGAAAAAUGGCAAGGAGACGGCAGACUGUCCUUCUCUCCUGCUCACGUUUAGCAUAAAUAUGAUGACUGGAAGAUGAAAGAAAAAAGGAAUCCAGAGUCAACGUAGCAGCCUUUGUGAAAAAGAAGCUAUCUUUCUCUCGUUCAUCCCGAGCUAGGGCAACGAACAAUGAACAUUUUAUAGAACAAAUGUUUCAAUGAACGCGCAUGUAAUUAUCAGGCGAGUAAUCUCUGGUUUCCCUGCUCCUCGAGCUCGAAGGCCGAGGCCGGGUAGGUCUUCGAGAGUCCCGCGGGCGUCCUGAAGGUGAUCUUGGUGGUGUCCUUGGGGUUCACAAAGAACUCUCCCAGCGGGAUCCAGAUGAGCAUCUCCCUGGACUUCACCCCCGUCACCCGCCGCAUGCGGCGGUCCUCCACGAAGCCCGUGACCUCGGCGCCGUAGGAAACGAGGCGGCCGGCCUUGCGGAAGGUGUAGUUGAGGGCCUUCUUCUGGCGGAGCCACACGAAGCCGGUCUGACGGUUGAUGCCGAUCUCCUCGACGUUCUCGAUGGGGAGGAGGCCCCUGGGGAGGUUGAGUUCCUCGAGGAGGUCGAUGGCCUUCUGGCGGCAGAGGUCGUCGCCCGUGUAGAUCUCCGCGCCGGGGCGGUGGGCCUCGAUGGUCUGCUGCGCCAUUGGUGGAACGUGGUUCUGCGGUGGGGUUACGAGCGGGGCGGAUCGGUGGAGCAACCGGUGUCUGAAGGAGAAGGUGACGACCCGUCUGCUGGGGAUGAGGAGGAGAUACCGGUUGAUAAGUGCCUGGAGGGUUCGGGGAGAGCGGGGUGGGUUCUUAUAGAGCACGGUUUCCCCGAGUGACUUGUAGGACGGACAGAUGGUAUAACGCGUGGGUGUCACAUCCGGGCGUGCGACGAUACUGAGGGAAUGGACUUAAGGCGGCGAUUAGUCGGCAAAGGUUUGGGAGCCUAGGGUUGGGGGGAUGAAUGGGAGGUUGUGCUUUCGCUGCCGUCGUAGCUGAUCCGGCGGGUAUUUAUUGGUUGCUCUGAGGGACGGCCUUGUACGCAGUUGUUUGACCUCGGACUGCUGGGUUGGAAGAGCAUUCAAUUCAUCGUCCGUCCCUCCAAGAACCUAGUAGCCUCCAGUUCGGUCUUAAAGUCUGUCGGCCGGCUCCGAAUCUGUAUCUGACGUUGAUGUAUACGAUUUCUUCACACCCUAACUCCCCCGCACCCCAUGCAGUAACCCUCACUAUCUGAAAUAGUCCACCCUUGGAUUAGGGAUUAUUGCCUGGUCCACAAUUGCCUCGGAUGUUUGAGCGCACAUUCGAGAGUGGCGGAAAUGUGGAACCGGUGAGGCAGAAGGAGAGUCAUGGAUACUAGAGAAACCGCGAGGUGGGGGGGCGCGGGGACGGACCACCGACUAUGCAAGCGAGAGCGAUAACUAAGCGGAGAGGCAGGGAGUGUUGGCAAAAGAGGGUGGGCACAGUUUCUGACGUCCCCAUACGUAGAUACUCCACCUUGUGAAGUCAUUCGCAGACCAGAUCCCUAACCGAAAAUUUACCAAGGCCGGACAAUCUUGAUGCUCAUCGUUUCCAGCAUGUUUGGAACGUUUCCAUUCAACGUGAUUCUGCCCCUCCCUCAGUUGACCUUCACUACCACUGGCUUCCCUUUUGUCACGGAUGCUAUUAAAACCCAGAAGGAAGGGACCAUAGUUGCGUGGGUCCCACAUCUCCGCUUCGUUUUCUCCGUCAGAAGUCGCUGUGUACUUAUGAGGGCCAGGUGGCAUCCUUAG